UACUAGAGAUGAUUGUUUGUGUUGCCGAAUACAACUACCUCACUCUCCCUAUAUCCCAAACUCGGCUAGGAUUAGGGUAACAACUGAUGUCUCUCACUCCUUACUCUGCAUGGGCCCAAACUCCAAGAUACAAACAUGGGCCAAACCAGCUAAUGCCAAGAUAUAAAGCCGAAAACGACACUACAAAGGUAGAAAGACAAAACGACAGUAGCACAAUGUCUAACAGAAACAAGAUGUUCAUCACUUUCAAACUCUCACUUUCAAAAAUUUCUUGAAAAGCAUACUCGGUUAUGGAGAAGAAGAUCCCAACCCCUGCGACGGAGGCGAGGGUGCACACGAACCCUAGCGUACUUGGCCUUGGUGAUGCCAAGGGGUUCGGUGGUGGGGUCCUCGACGAAGACGAGGAGGACGAAGGAGAUGGUGAGGAGGAAGAGCGAGUUGGCGAUGAGAGGGGUGGACUUUUGGGAGUUGAGGAAGUAGGAGAAGAAGGUCGAGACGGGGAGGUGGUCGAUGCCUGUUGAGUAGAGGUAUGUGUUUCCGGCGAUGAGGAGGUCUACGAUUAUGUAGAAUGCUCUGUGUGUUACGCUGGAGACCGAAUGGAUGUCUGGUUGUGGUUGGUUAUGGUGAUGCGGUUUGGUGAUGUUGAGGUGGCGGCUAGGGGUGUUUAAAUGGUUUGGUUACCAUGGUAACCGUUUUAACAGGUACUAUUUGAAUAAUUUGGUUUGGUUAAUUUGGAUAUUUGGUUUGGUUUGGUUAAAAUUUUUAGCUUGUUUGGUUUAGGUGGUUUGGUUUGGUUUCAGACACUCCUAACCAGUCAAACCAAAUUAACCAGUUAAGUAAUUAGUCAUAUAUCUAACAUAUAUUAUAUACACAUACUUAAUACUUUGCAUAACCACUCAAGAGUUAACGUUCAUCCCUUUUAGACUCAUAAAAUAUAAAGCUCAAUAUUGCUCAUAUAGUGUAUAUUUGUAUAUGUAAAAUGUAGACCACAACAUAUGGACGCCUAAUUUAGAUAAAUUUCAUACAUUAUGAUGGAUGAAAACUUGAAAGGAAGGUCAUUUCCAGCCUAUGAUAAUUGUUAAGAGACUAAGUCAAUUUACACAAACACAACAAUUCAUUAACCCAUACCAUUGUCAUAAAUUUUUGUUAGGUGAAUAUUUCUAUACUAAUUGUAAGAUAAUUGUCUUAGUUGCAUGUAUUUUUGCUAAGGGUCAACUAUAACUACGUGUUGGUUGUUAUGUUUUAUUCAUUAUAUAAAUUGCGAAUUGUUGCAUUAACCGGAAAAUUUGCAUCUUCAAUGAUAAUGUGAUUUUAUAUUGGUUAAUCUGGUUAACCAAUUAACCAAACCGAUUAAACUUUAGUUUGGUUAAUUUGGUUGUUGUAUUAGUAUGGACGGUUUGGUUAUGAUAUUGUAUUCCAUGAUUAAUGGAAUUUAGCCUUAUUUGAUUUGGUUAUAACCAUGAUAACCAUUGAACACCCUAGUAGCGACGGUUGGUGUAGAUGUAGUAAGGGACGAGGAGAGGAAAGCCUGCGAGCUGGACGGUUGUGGAGAGCCAUUUGCUGGUUCCGCCUUUGACGAAGUAGAGUCUGGCGAGGAGGAGGUUGGUUGUUUGGCUGAUGAGUAUGACUACUGCGUAGGUUAGGACUUUUAGCCACCACUUGAUUUGUUUAGUAAAAGAUAUAUUAUUUUGUGUUAAAUAUCCAUGCUUCAUACCCUAUUUUGACCCAUUAAAAUGUUAUGGGGACG